GGGCUGGUCGUGAAGGGAACAAUCGGGUGGACUCUGCCAGGGAGCCACCUCAAAGCAGAUCAGGUUACUGUGAGUGACAGCGUAACCAUGGCAAAUAAUUUGACUAAGGCUAUUGUCUUAUCCUCACCAUCCCCGGGUCAGAUAACCGACCAAUCAGAGUUCAUAUAAUCGCUUGUCUUGCCAGCUUAGAAUAAUAUUAUUAAAAGGAGCCAGCGAGCCGGUCUGCGGGAGUAGGUGAUGUAGAAACGGCUGAGAAAAGGUGGAGGAGGACGGCUGAAGGAGCAGCAACUUUCUCUCUUUCUCAGCAGCUACAGGAGGAUUUGUCGCCUGGGGUUUUGCACGGCUGAAUGGACUUGAGUUGAUUCCACCAUCCGCGGCUGGAUAUUACCUCACCUUGGGCUGUUUUAACUUUUACACUGCUCUUUUGGGACCUUUUGUCGCUUAUGGACUUAAUGCGUUUUGAUUUAAUGUGAGACUGAGAGGAGGGGACGUGGAAGUAAGGCACAAUAUAAUCUCUAUUGAUUUACGUUGUCGCCAUGUCCAUGCUUCCGACGUUUGGUUUUACGCAGGAACAAGUUGCGUGUGUUUGCGAAGUCCUCCAGCAAGGAGGUAACAUCGAGCGGCUCGGUCGCUUCCUCUGGUCCCUCCCGGCCUGCGAACACCUCCACAAGAACGAGAGCGUCCUCAAAGCGAAAGCCGUGGUCGCUUUCCACCGGGGCAACUUCCGCGAACUCUACAAGAUCCUGGAGAGCCACCAGUUCUCUCCGCACAACCACCCGAAGCUGCAGCAGCUGUGGCUCAAAGCGCACUACAUCGAGGCGGAGAAGCUGCGAGGCCGGCCGCUGGGCGCCGUGGGGAAGUACCGGGUCCGGAGAAAGUUCCCGCUGCCUCGAUCCAUCUGGGACGGAGAGGAGACCAGCUACUGCUUCAAGGAGAAGAGCAGGAGCGUCCUCCGGGAGUGGUACACCCACAACCCGUAUCCAUCCCCGCGGGAGAAACGAGAGCUGGCCGAGGGCACGGGACUCACCACCACGCAGGUCAGCAACUGGUUCAAAAACCGACGGCAGCGGGACCGAGCAGCUGAGGCCAAGGAGAGAGAAAACAACGAGAACUCCAACAGCAAUAGUCACAACCCAUUGACUUCUUCCAUGAAUGGAAAUAAAUCUCUAUUGGGGAGCUCGGACGACGAUAAAACCCCUUCGGGGACCCCGGAUCACACGUCCUCGAGCCCGGCCCUGCUGCUCGGCUCGAACGUCGGUUUACAGUCCCUGCACGGCCUCGCGCCCCCACCGGGACCCAGCGCCAUCCCGGUACCGGGCGGCAUAGACUCGGUGCACCAUCACCACUCAAUGCACCACGACUCCAUACUGAACCCUAUGUCUUCGAAUCUAGUGGACCUUGGCUCUUAAAAAGAAGGGGGACAGAGAGCACCGGCUCUUGUUUUUUUUUUUUGUUUUUUUUGGAAAAGUAACGAGGUGGCGCGAGCUUCAAGCACUUGCGGCAAGGUGCGAGGCCGACCGACUGGAACACUGCAGAAACACAGCCACCGUAACAAAUCAUUUCGUCUCAUAUUCAACCGUUAAAGUCGGUUUAAACAAGUGGGAAGAAAUGUGCCAGUGCGCAGCGCACUUAUCCCCAAAUUAAUCCUGCUUGACUCGAGAAACAAGAGUCAAAGCAGAGCACUUAAGAAAUUUAAUUAAAACAGAUACCAUUCAUUGGCAUAUUUUUUCUCUUUAUUUCCCUUAAGGGAAAUGUAAUUUCGAAAGAUUAAUAGAGAUUAUGACUUGUUAAAACGGAUCAUGUUUGCAGUGCUGGUGCAGACAAAAGGUGAGGUAUAGGUCGUUUUAGGUAAAAAAAAAAAAAAACGAAAAAAAAAAUGAAAAAAAGUAUUUUACUGGAAUGUAAUAACGUAACAUGCUAUAUUGUUGAAAACAAUACCAAUAAAAUGUCUUAAUUCUUGUUACUAUUACCGUUGUUAUUUGAGGGGUGUAGAUAUAUCAGCAGACUGUAUAGGCACAGUGUUGAAGACCCCAGCGCCUUUCUGUUUACAUACACAUGGUUCUCCAAGAGAACCAGAAGCAGUUUUCUUUUUUUUUGUUGAGGGGGGUGGGGGGGUGAUGAUGGGGUAUGAUAUUCUCAAGUGUCUUAUGAGAGCCGUGAUAAGAUGAAAUAUCUUAAUCUCUUGAUAUUAUUAUUAUCAUUUGGAAAGAGACUGCAUGUAAACUUUGCGAUAAAUGAUGAAACAAUUCACCUAUAGUUUCAUAUACCCUUUACAAUAAAAGAAAAAAAGAAAUA